GUGGUCUGAGAGGGCAGAGUACAUUUAUGGAAGAUCCAGAGACACUGACCCCAACUACCACUUUUCCAGCAUUGUUAGCAGGCACCUAUUUGUGGAGUUGGAGCCUGUGGUGAGAAAUUAAGUUUACUUUGGGUUUGCUCAAUUGCCCUUUGGAAAUGAAGAACCUGUAAGUACAGCCUAGUACUUUUUUAAAUCUUUAUAUUGCAGUAAGCCCUUCAUCUUGGAGAAUGUCUUAAGUCACUUUCCUUCAGUCACUUUCCUUCAGCUUUGGAAACUCAACUGUGGGGCCAUCCCUCUGGACCUGGAGGCAGCUAGGCCUGUCUGGUAAUGGCCUUUCUUUUGCUGGUUAUCCUCUGAGAACCUGAGGAGAUGGCUGGGUGGGGUCAACUCAGUUCAGGAAGUGCAGGAAUUCUUUUAAGUGUAUGUGUCUGGGGGUAUUUUUCUCUCUCACUUACGUGUAUUUUUAAAAAUUCUUUUUAGACACCCGCUUUAUCUUUCCCAAACAUCAUUUCCUUGCUCCUUUCCUGAGUUCUAGCAGUGGCUGGGGGCCCAGCUUCCUUAUUGGCCUCUGAGCUGUGGCGGGGGUAGGCCAGGGCUCAGAGGAGGUGGGAGUCAGGAACAGGGGGCCUGUUUAUGCUUUUAGAACUGCCUUUCAUUCUUCCCUUUGCCACCAGUGUGCUGGCUUGUCCCUGGAGCAGCGUCUGUCUUCAUUCCUAUCCAGCUCUUGACACUGGCUUCCAGUCCUUAAGGCUGUGGCUACAUCCAGGCCCAGCCAGGCUGAUGACAUGCUUUGUCUCCAGUGCUACUGUAUCCUCUUUUUGGAACUGGGACUUGACUGAUCCUGAGUCCCUUGGAUGGCACUCAGGAUCUUGGACUGUUACUUCCUAACCUUAGGAGGUCUUAGCUAGGGGCCAGAUGGGUCCCAGCUAAGAGAAGACAUUGAAUACAAGAGAAACGCCCCUGUCAGUAGGCCGCACUCAUGGCACGUGGCCAAGCUGCUGGAGGGAUGCCCUGAAGCGGCCACCACCAUGCAUUUCCCUUCUGAAGCCUUCAGCUUGUCCUGGCAUUCUGGUUGCAACACAAGUGACGUGUGUGUGCAGUGGUGUCCCCUGUCCCGGCACUGUAGCACUGAGAAGAGCAGCUCCAUUGGCAGCAUGGAGAGCCUGGAACAACCAGGCCAGGCCACCUAUGAGGGUCACCUUUUACCCAUUGACCAGAACACGUACCCUAACCAGCGCGAUUCAGCCUAUAGCUCCUUCUCGGCCAGCUCAAAUGCCUCUGACUGUGCCCUUUCUAUCAGGCCAGAGGAGUCAGUAUCUGCAGAGUGCAUCGCACAAGGUCCAGGGACAAGUAAGACUCCUAAUGACCGCUCUAAUGUGUCUGGGACCUCAGGAAGUAGCCAACACACCAAUGGGGGCCACCUAACCCCCAGUUCCCAAAUGUUAUCCCGCCCACAGGAAGGUCACCACUCAGGGUCUUCCAAAGUGCUCAGAGGUCCACCACAACCUCCAGUGAGGCGGGAUAGCCUUCAGGCUUCUAGAACCCAACUCUUCAAUGGAGAGCAGCGCAGGGCUUCUGAGCCUGUGGACUCAUUGCUGUUGAAGGAGAAAGCAAACUUAGAGACAGUACUAUCCCCAAGGAACCCUAACCAAAUCCGCUGCCUCAGUGGGCAAGAUCAAGGGACAGGUGAUGACCAUCAGGAUGGUGAGCACAGCCCAAAUCCUGAAUCUAACCAGCAGGACCCUGAGCAUCUAUUGAUGGAGGCUUCCCCAAAAGCCUGUGACCAAACUUCCAGCAGAGAUCCCAGCCUGCUCAAUGAGAGGUCAGCGGAACUUGCUGACCCCUCUCCCUUGAGAGGCCUUCCACACCUUAUAGGACUCACAGGGCAUCGCCACAGUGCCCCUGAACAGCUUCUGGCAGUCCACCUGCAGCAAGUACACCUUGAUCCCAGGGGCAGAAAGGGGACAGAGCUAGCAAAUGAGCAGGAUGAGCAUCAGUGGACUCUGUCCCCUUUGCACAGCAGCCAAAAAGGGAAAACCAGUCAAUGUGGCCCCACAGGAGAAGCCCAUGACCAGUCCAGCAAAGAAAGAAAGACAAAGCCAAUGGAUGAUCAGCCUUUGGAUUCAAAACACCAGAGCCAAAGCAGUUCUCCACAUGGAGAAGUUGACGGACACCCUCCAGAAAGAGAUUUCCUGGACCCCAGCAGAAUAGGCAGUGAAUUGGCCAGCCAGCAGCCCUCUGCCUCUGGCUCUCUCACUCAACAAACAAGAGACUGCUCUUCAACCACUGAAGGAGCUGGCAGCACCAGGGCAACUGAAGAAAGGGACAUUGAGCCCAAGGAGACUGGUCAAACUGGAGUUAGGAAAAGUGGAAGUUCCCGGGGCCGCUCAAUCCAGAACCGGAGGAAGAGUGAACGGUUUGCUACCAACCUUCGGAAUGAAAUACAGAGGAGGAAGGCCCAGCUCCAAAAAAGCAAGGGCCCCUUGUCACAGUUGUGUGACACUAAGGAGCCAGUGGAAGAGACCCAGGAACCUCCAGAAAGUCCUCCACUCCCUGCCGCUAACUCAUCUCUUCUAUCUUCAUAUAAAAAACCUCCUAGUCCUAGAGAGAAACUCUUCAACAGAAGCAUGAUUCUCAAGGCUAGAUCUUCAGAAUGCCUCAGCCAAGCCCCUGAAAGCCACGAAUCUAGGCUAAGCUUAGAGGGACGAAUAAGCCCUGGCCAGAGGCCUACCCAGUCGUCUUCAGGCCUGAACACCUGGUGGAAAGCACCUGACUCAUUUCCCUCAGACUCUGAGAAAGCACAUGUUCACCGUGGGGUCCAUGGAGGUCACUGGAGAUGGUCUCCAGAGCAUAACUCCCAGCCACAUGUGGCACUUGCCAUAGAAGGACCUUCCAGCCCAUGUGACAACAAAGAAUUGAAGACUACUACUACCCAAGCUGGGGAGGAAGCCAUCCUUCUGCCCUUUGCUGACAGAAGAAAGUUCUUUGAAGAAAGUAGCAAAUCCUUAUCAACAUCUCAUUUGCCAUGUUUAACCACUCAUAGUAACAAGACUUUUACACAGAGACCCAAACCUUUAGAUCAAAACUUCCAGUCAAUGAGCUCCAGCUACAGGGAAUUGAGGCCCCAUCCCAUGGACCAAUCAUAUCAUGCCACAGACCAAUCAUAUCAUUCCAUGUCAUCUCUCCAGUCAGAAACUCCCACAUACUCAGAAUGCUUUGCAAGCAAAAGUCUAGAAAAUACAAUGUGUUGCAAGCCACUGUAUUGUGGUGAUUUUGACUGCCACAGGACCUAUUCUUACUCCUGCGGUGUCCAGGGAGCUGUUGUCCAUGACCCUUGCGUUUAUUGUUCUGGGGAACUCUGUCCUGCCUUGCUAAAGAGAAAUAUGAUGCCUAACUGCUACAAUUGCAGGUGCCACCACCACCAGUGCAUCCGGUGUGCACCUUGCUAUCAUAACUCUCAGCACAGUGCCCAUGAAGAUGGCAGUUUGACACCUGUCAAUGCUUGGAAGCCCCGGAAGCUGACAGUGCAGGAAUUUCCUGGGGACAAAUGGAAACCAAUAACAGGAAACAGGAAAACUAGCCAGUCGGGGAGAGAAAUGGCUCAUUCAAAGGGCAACCUUUCAUGGAAGAACCCCUUCCAUCCUUGCCUUGAGAACCCAGCACUGGACUUGUCAAGCCACCGAGCAGUUUCUUCUCUUGAUCUCCUAGGAGACUUCAAACACUCCCUGAAGACAGCAGAGGAAACUUCAGUGUAUGAGGAGGACAGCCAUCUGGCCUCCAUGCCCCGCCCACUGCGCAACCGGGCUUUCUCUGAAAGUCACAUCAGCUUGGAGCCCCAGGGCACCCGGGCUUGGGGACAGCAUCUCAGGGAGCUCUUUCCCAAAGCUGAUGAGACUCAGCGAGAUCCUCUAGGAACUAGGAAGAAACCUUUUCCUCCUCCUCGCCCUCCUCCUCCCAACUGGGAGAAGUACAGGCUGUUCCGGGCAGCCCAGCAACAGAAGCAACAGCAGCAGCAACAGAUGCAGAUGCAGCAGCAAAUGCAACAACGGCAAGAAGAGGAGGAGGAGAGAGAGGAAGAAGAGGAAGAGGAGGGAGAAGAGGAAGAGGAGCUGCCUCCCCAGUAUUUCAGUUCAGAAACCACUGGCUUGUGUACUGUCAAUCGCGAGGAGGCCCUGGAACAGCCACAAACCCUGCACCUUGCCCACCUGGAGACCUCAAGACGGGGUUCUCAAAGCUUCUCAGAGCCAGAGUCUUAUUCCAGCAAUCUCCUGCCUCCAGUAAGGGGCCAUCUGGGAUCUCAAGUGGAGCAGGCCCAGCCUCCUUGUUAUGGCACUGGUGGGCUGUGGAAGGCAUCAGAGCAAGAGGCCACAGAUUCCCCUAAGCCUGAAGCUUCCACAGCAGAAGAGACCAAAUGCAAGCCAGCAUGGAACCAGAAUUACUUUUUUCCUGAAGAGAAAUUAUCUUGCACAGGCUGGAGCUCUGAGAAGCAGCACCUCGGUCCCACUGGCUUCAGUGAGCCGAAGAUAUCAAGACAAGACUUUCAGCACUUCUCGCCUCCUCCAGGGGCCCCUGGGAUCCCAACCUCUUACUCUGCUUAUUACAAUAUUUCUGUGGCCAAGGCAGAGCUGCUGAACAAGUUAAAAGACCAACCCGAAAUGGCAGAGAUGGGCCUGGGAGAGGAGGAAGUUGACCAUGAACUGGCUCAAAAAAAGAUACAGCUCAUUGAAAGCAUUGGCCGAAAACUGUCUGUCCUGCGGGAGGCCCAGCGAGGGCUAGUGGAGGACAUCAAUGGGAAUUCUGCCCUUGGAGAGGAGGUGGAGGCCAACUUAAAAGCUGUCUGCAAAUCUAAUGAGUUUGAAAAAUACCGCUUGUUUAUUGGGGACCUGGACAAGGUGGUCAACCUGUUGCUGUCACUCUCUGGAAGACUGGCCAGGGUAGAGAAUGCUCUCAACAGUAUUGAUUCAGGAACCAACCAGGAAAAGUUGGUACUGAUCGAGAAGAAGCAGCAGCUGACGAGCCAGCUGGCUGAUGCCAAGGAGCUGAAGGAACAUGUGGACCGUCGGGAGAAGCUGGUGUUUGGCAUGGUCUCGCGAUACCUUCCUCAGGACCAGCUUCAAGAUUACCAGCACUUUGUCAAGAUGAAAUCUGCUCUAAUUAUUGAACAGAGAGAGUUGGAGGAGAAGAUCAAGCUUGGAGAAGAGCAGCUCAAAUGUCUCAGGGAGAGCUUACUCCUGGGGCCUAGCAAUUUCUAGUCCAACCAGCAGGCUGCCAUAGCAUCCCAGUGGGGAAUACUUUCAAUCUUUGGUCCAGUUAUAUUAGCAAGUAGAUAGCAGUUAGUUAGAUUGUUCCAGCCCUCUACUUUGGAUGUCUCGCAUUGCCUUUUUCCAAGCAUUGCUCCCCCAAAAGCUAGGAGACCUUGGAGAGGUGUGAAGCUUGUACCCAAGGUAGCUACAGCCUUGUGUGAUCACUUGACCACACUUUCCCACAGUAAUGUGGGCCAGCACUUGCUGCCCAUGGGACAAACAAGUGCCUUUAUUUGUCUCUAUACUAGGACACCAAAGUCAUAAUGAACUCAAUGCCCACCUGCACCCAAAUCAGCUGUUUUCAGGCUCAGAGAGUAACUGCCUGUGCAGCUUCCUCUAGACCAGCUCAUGACCCCACUGUCAGCCACAGAAAACUGACUGACUUGCGUGUAUUCACCUAGCAACAGUUUCAGGGCCUUACCCAAACUUUGCAAGGGGGCUGCAUGGAACUGAAUACAAGGAAGAGCUAGGUAUCACGAAGUCAAGAGGCCAGAGUGUAAACAGAUGGGUUCCAUUUCUACUUUUCCCCAGCAGCUAGUUGAUGAGAAAGAGGUUACACUGAGUCCUGGCUAGCUAGGGUCUUGUUCCUUCUCUUGUUACGAUCUCACUCGGAGUUACAAGCAUCUCCUCCAUAGCUGCAUAUUCAGAACUAUAGCUGACUUCUGGAUAUAGGUUUCUUUAUGGGGGAUGGGAGUGGGGAGGGUUCUUAUUGUUAUAUUUGAAAUGGCAUCUUGAUUUUUAUUUAUUUGUAUGUUUUGUUUGUUUUUGUUUUGUUUGUUUUUCCUUUUAUAACUAAUAAGGCAAGAAGAGGGAAGUUGGGGAGGGAAAACUUAGCCCAGAAAGAAAGUGUUUUCUGCAAUGCAGUCUGAAUCCAUCCUGGCUUAGGUACGCAAGUGCCAAGGCAUUACCUUCUUCCCACCACAGCCACAAGUGUCUUAAGAAAAGAGUUAGUCUUUUGAACUCAGAGCCUCCCAAACAUGGCCUGGCUCUGCACCUCUUGAAGUCUGAGUGACCAUGAGCUUAGAAUUCCUGAGCAAAGUUCAACUUUUUUUCCAAAGUAUUUUUUGAAACCAAAGAAAUCUAAAACUGACAAAGGUCAUUCAUUUCUUUAUCAUGGGAUGAGUUGGAGGUAAGCUCAGAAGGUGGUGCUCUUCUAACAACUCACGGGUUUCUCAGCCUGUGGCCAGGCUCGGGGAACUAAAAUGAUGGUGGCUGGGACUUAUAGCCAGGGCUAGACAUGAGAGAAAAUUAUGAUCCAGCUAUUAGACCCUCCUUAUCCUUAGGGGGUAUAUUUAAAGACCUUCCACUGGAUGCCUGAACCAAACCUUAUAUGUACCACCACAACACUCAGUCUGACAACUGAAAUGGCUACGAAGUGGCUAAAGGGAAGAUACCCCAAACAGCAUGGAUACACUGGACAAAUGGAUGAUUCACAUUUAUGUAGGAUGGAGCAAGGUGGGGUCAAAUUUCAUCACGCUACUCAGAAAGGAACACCAUUUAAAGCAUAUGAAUUGCUUAUAUCUGAAAGUUUCCAUUUACUAUUUUUAGAUCAUGGUUCAUCACCACGGGUAACUGAAAUCAUGAAAAUAUCAGGUGUGGGGGUGGGGGACUACUGUCCAAAGAACUAAAGCCACCGCUAUUGCCCAGACCCUGACACUAGUAGCCAGCUUCUAUCCUGGAAAAGCACUCAAGUGGGCAAUGGCAGGAAGGGAAUAACCAAACUUUGUUCUGCUAUCUAGCUUAAUUUCUUGAUCCUUGCUAAACCUAAAUCCAGCAUGGCCAAGCUCCACUCCAGCAUCUUUUCUUGUUACUGCUGAGUUCCUCAGGGUCCUUGGAGGUUCACUGUAGCAGCAGGGGACCUCAUUCAAACCAAAGAAUUUGCCAAGGAACUUUGCUGCUGCCACAAAUACUGAUCACUAGCUUCCAUUUCCUCUGCAUUGUAUCUGAAAACAAUAGGAAAAUCUUGGCCAGCAGAGCGUCUGGGAGGUGUGGCAACCCUGUGUGUGUGUGUGGGGGGGGGGUUCUAAGUGUGCUUAUAGUACUGCCCUCAUUGCUAGAACCACUGUUAGAAUGCCCAUUUUCCCAUUUUCCCCUGAAGUGGAAGAUUCUCGCUUAGGCUAGUGGCUUGUAAAAUGCAAAGGAAGGAUGAGGGAAGUGCAAGAGUGCUUUGAAAAUAGGACAUAGUUGCUUUAAAAAAAUAAAUAAACGGGCCCUAGGACAAAAAAGAAGCAAAAUGAAAUGUCUUUUAUGAGGGGAGAGACCAAUGUAUGCUAUCGUUCUAAGGUUUCUUUUGACUAUAAUAUGGGAAUUUGGGGGAAUAUGGGCCUAGUGAAAAGGGAAACUUCUUACCAGGACAACAUGGCCAUAAUCCAGUAUAUGUAGUCAUGGUUAAAUUGAUGAUACCUUAAGUUUAUGAUACCAAAAAGAUGAUGAAUUGUGUGUAUGUACGUAUGUAUGUAUGUAUGUAGGUAUGUAUGUAUGUAUAUAUUGAUGGGGAUGGGACCCAGGGUCUUGUGCAUGCCAAGCAAGCACUCUACCACUGAGCUACCACCCCAGCCCUAACUCUGGUAUUACUGGCAUUUAUCCCAACCUCAAAUUUGUUUCUACAGUUGGAGUUACAACACAAAAACACUUCGUUUCCAAAGCAUUUAAAAUAUAAUUUCAAAACUAGCUGGAUGCUAGUGGCUCAUGCCUGUAAUCCAAGCUACUCAGGAGGCAGAUCUGAAGACCAUAGGUCACUGCCAGUCUGGCUAAAAAAAGUCCCUGAUACUCUUCAAGCUGCUGGUAUUACUUGAGCUGGGGCAUCUUUUCCUAUUCUGUUUUGAGGCUCAGACCUCCCCUAAGGCCUCUGAGGGCAUAGCAGUUUAAAGUCAGGUUCAAGGAUUUCUCUAAAGGAGAAACCUCCUUUAGAGAAAUCCUCACAUAGGCCCCAUUGAGUAAUAGUUAAGCAGGGUGGUAGGCAGCUAGAAAGGAGUCAGAGCAAGAUUUCUAUUAUAUGUCGCCUCUUUCUUCCCCCACUCGCCAAAUUUAAUAAUUGAGUCACCUGGAGACUCAUAACUGGAGACUAAGCCAGGAUAUAGAAGUGCAAUCUAAGAGAAUAAGACAGAGACACUGAAAUUGAAGUGCUACAAAGGGAGAGAUUAAAUGCAGAGGGAAGGAGAGAGGAUAAAAAGUCAAAAGCCUCUCUCAGGGCAAUGUCAGAUUAUAUUUUCUAUUUAACCUCAUAUGCCAAAAAGGAAGCCACACAUGAAUGCCAGAAAUACAUCCAGAACCCCAGCCUCCCCAAAGGUGCUGCUGAACCAGUAGCAGGCCCUAGAUGGGGGACUCUGGGUACAUUCUGGCCAUCUCUACCCAUCGAAAGCUUGGCAACUCCUGCUUUCUUUGCCAAGGGAGUUGUUGAUGCCAAUAAUAUUUCUGUAACAGUAUAUUAUAUUAUUUGAAGAUUAGUAGAUGUUUAGAAGGGGGUGGGGCAGGGCCAUUUGUAUAGAUAAAGAACAAAUGUUCAUUGUACAACUUUAGGGGGACCAUUUAUCCAAUGUGAAGGUAUGCUUUUUUUCCUAAAUCUUAUUGUUUCUGAAUUUGUGUCCUCCACCAUACCCAUCUUGGCUGACAUAGAUAUAUGCCUGCCAGAUUGUCACCACGGUCAUACUUCAAUAAAAGGUGCUAUGGACAAAAGUAA